CGUGCGCUUGCGCAUGCGCUGUAUUAACGUAACGGUUAUCGAAGUGAAAAUACCUAAGACAAUAAUUUAAUUAAAUAUAAAAACCCUAAACCAAAUUUAAAGCGCUUAAAAUGUUGCACAUUAUUAAUCGGCUCAGUGCAUUCUUCUUCUUGCUCUUUACGCUUCAUGCACGCGCGCUACCAAUUACCAACAACAAUAACGAUGCUGCAUUUGUGCAAUCCGCAGUAGAUAAUAACAGUCAGCUUUUGCUUGAGGUCAACGGCGGCACCGCCCAAAACUCGCCCAACCCGGCAGAUGACACCGAAACGGCAGCUGACAAUAGUCCAAACUUUCGGAUCGACGAAACGCAGUUGGCCGAGUACACCGUACAUUCGCAAGCCGAGGAUGGCGGCGGCAGCAGCAGCAGCAGCAGCAGCUCAGGCGGAUUUAGGAUCUCUUUACUGCCAACACAAGAAAAGACGGCCGAGUCAGUGAAUUUGGAGCACGAGGGCAUACCGUCAAAGAUAUUCAGCUCAUAUGACAAGACGCAGAAAAAGGUGGUGGAUUUGACGAAUUUGGAACCCAUUGUGGACACUAUCAGUGAGCAUGAGAAAUAUGGCAAUAACGGUGAUAUGUUUGACGGUAUUGCACGUUCGAUUGUGAACGGUUAUGAAGCUUUUUCAAAUCUCCUCAACGCUAUCAUACAAAAACCCAAAGAUCUUGCACGUUCGAUUUCAAAAGGCAUCACAGCGCAGCUGGAUAUUAUUGGUGGCAAAAUCGUGGGAUUAUAAAAAUAAGCAUUUCUUUCAUGUAGUCAUUAGAUUUAUUUCGUAGAUUAAGAAACAAUGAAAAUUUUUAUUUUUUACAAUUCCAUUUCAUUGUUACAUUCCGAAUAAAUAAUUUAUUAUUUAACAUUUCCAUCUUCUUUAUUGAUUAUUUGGUACUUGGUUAGAGUCUACAAAAAAUAAGCAACCAAAGUGUCUAUUCAAAAAUUAUUCGCUAAUUAACUUCUAAAUUAAAAUUAUAAAGAGAACUAGAAACAAAAGUAGAAAUCAUUUAAAACAUAUUUCAUUGAUUUUAGCUUGCAAUAUAUUAUGUGCAUAUAUUUUGUAUUAAUCGAAAUUGUUCCAGAAGAAUUUUAUUAAAACCCCAAACAAUCCACUAACUUCACCAACUCCCAAUACUGCUUUCUGUCACCUACAAAUUGGAUCUGAUUAAACGCGCAGUUAAUCGGCAUUAACGCUGCCGUCUGUCAAGGUGUUUAGUCUACAGU